AUGCUUGGAGGAAAAGAAGUUGAGAAUGCGACUUUGAGACAGGUGCCCCUCGAUGAGUGGACAGUGGACUGGGAGUGGAUGGGCGGUAUUUCAGGCGGGUUCACAGGAAUCCACUCGGAGGAGUCCCGCACUGGCAGAAAGCGAUCGAGUUCUUCAACACACAGAAUCCACGAGUUGAAUAUCUAG